AUGCAGGAUAUCUUCCGUGGCAGAGUUCAGCGAGUUGCUGAAAUGAUGAUGUCCUCCAGCGUGAGGCUGAAGGGUGUGGAGAAGAAAAAAAAGACGAGGGACUCACUGCUCUCUUUUCUCUUCCCAUCUGUCUUCGUCCUGUCUGUCGCUUAUCUUCGCUCUGUAGCCAUGCUCUUCGUGGCGCUGCUGUGCCUGGACCUGCACGCCCGGGUGGGUUCUGCGCCCAUCUGUCCUCACGGGCACACCGGCUGCCACAUCCUAUCUCUAGCUGAUCUCUUCGACAGGGUCAUCCAGCACUCAGCCAGAAUGCACGGGCUCUCCAGCGAUCUGCACUCUGAGUUUGAACAGUACUUCCUUCCCAGCAAAAACCACAUCAGCAGAGUGUAUCGCAAGUGCCACACAUCCAACAUACUGACUCCUAAUGGCAAGGAGAAUGCACAGAAACUGGCUCGUGAAGAGUUGACAGAGGUAAUCAUGAAGCUGCUAAUGGCCUGGAGGGACCCCCUGUCCCAACUGCACCAGAGCAUGGCCCAUCAGCAGGACUUCAACAGCUUCAGCAGCAAUAAAGCUCUAGAGAUGAGUGACAUGGUGCAUGAGCUCAGGAAAGGAGUGGAGAAAGUUACAGAAAAGAUGCAGCUUCUGGGGAUGAUCAGUAACUCAGUGAGUGGCCUCUUGUCUCCUGAAGCUCUGCUUCCAGCCUCUGAAAGUGGAGAGGCCUUGAGCGACUAUGAGCUGCUCUACUGCUUCCGCCGAGAUUCGGACAAAGUCCAGAACUACUUGAAGAUCCUUAAAUGCAGAAUUGUACCCGAGCACGGCUGCUGAGGAUCACUUUCCUGCACUGCUGGACUGCACUACAUGUGCUCGGUGCACUUCAUAUAUCACGGCGGUUCUUGAUCUUCCACCAGUUAUGUCUACAGCUGAUUCCCAAUGAAGGAUGAAAAGAAGGAGCCUGUUUUUUUUAUUUUAUUUGGAGCCACAGCUUGUUUGUCUUUAUUAGGAUACGGUUAGGCUAUUAAUUGUUCCGAACAUUAAAACAGUUCAUGAAAAAACAAGGUAAAAUAUCAGUUAGAAUAUCGUUACUAAUAGUGGCACACCAUCCAAGUUUAAUAAAUAGCAUUGGAGACUUGCUUCUAUGUUUAUUUUAACUGCAGAUCUUUACAUUUUGCUGAUAUUUUUUGUACACUUACAUUUUUUGUCAUUUACAUUUUUUCUUUUUUGGUAUGUAUUGAAAGGUUCUGUCUUCUGUCGGGGAAAUGAAAAAAAAGGUCUUUGGCACUGAUCCAAAGAACCGUUUUCAGUUACAUCAGUUCAUUUUACAUAAAGAAGGUUGCCAGCUAGGUGCAACAAAGUACGAAAUGAACAAUCACAUAUAUAAUGCUGAGAUUCUGGGAUAUUAUGUGUCUUUCAAUGAUAUCAAUGUUAUUCAGAAUAGGCAACCCAAUUUGCAUUCCAUCUACGAGUCUUGUAUUGGAUUAUCACCAUGGAUGUAGUGCUUAAAUCACUUAAAUCUCUUCAAUUUUCCCUGGUAAAACUUAUGCAGUUCUAAUACGACUUUAGUCACCAUAGUAGUUCAACACUUUGCACCAUCCCUGAGCCACUGUGAAGAAGAAUAUUGAUGAAUAGUGUUUAAAAAAGGGCUGAACAGAACAAAAUCAGUGGAAGACAUGACUGAAA